AUGCGACACAAGCAGGAGCCCGUCUUCAUGUACUCUGGAGCUUUGGCUUAUGGUGCCAAGCAAAAGAUCAUGGUGAUCCCUAAGGAGAUUGGCGCCGCGGGCUGCCCCAACGCGCGGCUGGCGCCUGACUGGUCCACAGAGCAGAUCUUGCCCUGGGCCUCGCGGCCCGAGACGCCCGGAGCAGAUCUUGCAUGUCGGCCGUGUCCUUCGGGCUACCCAAAACCAAAACCCACAACCGAUCCAUAUCCUGAUCCGGUGUGGAUCAAGCAGUUGGCACUGAGGAACUCAAGCUCCGCAACCUCCCGGGGCUGUUGGACAUCGGAGUGUAGACGAGGAAUCGGUUCUUCAACGUUUGUGGAUGAUUCCGAAUACCAUACAGGUGGUGAGCUCCACUUCCAUGAUGAUUCCAGUGUCAGUUGUUAA